AUGUUGGCGCGGCGUGCGGCUGAAAAGGCACGCCGGGAUUUGGAGCGGGAAUUAGCUGGAGAGGCGGAGAGACGUCGUGCAGCGGCAGUUCCCGCGUGGAAGCGACAGCUAUUGCAAAGGAGGGAGGAAGCUGAAAAUCGAUUGAGACAAUCACUGUACACACCCAAAGUUGAAGAGGGCCACGGGAACGGCACAAUCAACGGGGAGUGGCGCGCGUACCCCAGCGGCACGCAGCGCGCCGUCUCCAUCGACAACAUCUCGCUGUGCUACGACUCGCACACGCAGCCCACGCGCGCACCCUCCGAGUUCAAGCUCAACACGGAACAUUGCAAUGGUCAUGCGACAACGAACGGUAAACACGUCGACGAAGGAGAGCAAGAAAGCGCUAAAAUUAUACCAUGGCGAGCCCAACUUCGCAAGACAAACAGCAAGCUCAAUCUACUUGAAUAG